AUGGGUCCUCCACUACGUUCUUUCGACAUCGCCACGGACGACAAUGGCUCCUUCGUCGAAGUCGCGAUCAGUGAGACCCCUGGUCUCAAAGCCGAAAACCUCUCCCUAGCCACCUGGGGCAGCAGCUUCGUCCUCGCUAACUUGCUACACAAAUGGAAAUCUACCGUGCAACACAGUACAGCAGCCCCGAUAAGAGCCGAUUACAACGCGAUCCCGGUCCUCGAGCUCGGCGCUGGCACGAGUCUCGUUGGUAUCUCCGCUGCGGCCGUGUGGCAAGUGCAAGGGGUAAUCACUACUGAUCUCGCCCCUCUGAUCCGAGGUCUUGCUCAAAAUAUCAGCGUCAACGCCAAUCUACUGAAGGAUCGAUCAGCUUCGGUGUCUUGUGGUACUCUGGACUGGUCAGAACCGGACUCUCUACAUGUCGCUGGUGAGCACGCCCGUGUUGUUGAUGCCAAGCAGACGAAGGCACAGAUCAUCCUGGCGGCCGACACUGUCUACGCUGAAGAUCAUCCGGAGCUCUUGACCAAGACGAUUACUGCGUGGCUCGCGCCGGGGCCGGACUCGAGGGUGAUUUUCUGCUACGUCUUGCGCCACUCGUAUAUCGAUAUUAUCCGGGACUUGUGGGAGCAGCUGGAUGCGGUCGGCCUGGAGUGUAUAGAGGAAGGUCAAAAGGAUGCUGAUCCUGAUAAGUGGGAUGAUGUUGCACCAUUUGAAUGGUGUGUCUGGAGGUGGAAAGGAGAAGCAGUUGGCGCUGAGCAUGGUGCUCGAUAG